AAAAGUGUCGUGUUAUAAACACAUAUGUCCAUGAUUCAUAGCGUGGGUGGAUCUUGAUCUUCCUUUGUCUGUGGAUUUUGGUCCUGCUUCCCGCCAAGAGAUUGUCGUAUUGUCAAAAAAUCAUUGCAAGUUGGUUGGAGUGUCCUGUAUUUUAUAUUUUUAUUUUGGCAAAGAAUUUAUUAUAGAAAAAAUGGCAAAACUUGACGACAGUGAAGAAAAAUGGCUAGAUCAACUUGAUGGAUUGUGUUCAAAUUUAAAUGUUGAUCCAGAAGCUGCUGAAAAGUCGAAAGAAUCAUUUUUGGUAAUCAAAAGGAAUUACACACUUGAUGGUGACCUAGUGCAUUGGAUGGCAUGUGCCCUGUAUGUUGCUUGCAGAACAUCUGUCACACCAACGGUUCAAUCCGGUACAGCUGUAGAGAGCAACUGUGUUAGUCUCACCAGACUGCUGAGGCUCUGUAACAUAAGCUUAAUACAGUUUUUUAUCAAAAUCAAAAACUGGAUGGAAAUGGCAUCUAUGCCUAAUGAUUUCAAAGAAAGAAUAUCACAUUUAGAGCAUAAGUUUGCAGUUUCAACUGUUUUAUAUAGAAAUUUCCAACCCAUUUUUCAAGAGAUAUUUUCUGGAUUAACUAAUGAACCUGUUAAAACACACAUAAAGAGUAAAAAGCACAAGAUGCAACCAUGUUCUACAAAUGCUCUUUUUGAGUUCACUUGGUGCUUGUAUAUCUGUGUCAAGGGAGAGUUUCAGAAAUCUGCAGAUGAUCUUGUUGAUAUGUAUCACAUGUUGUUAUGCUGCUUAGAUUUUGUGUUUGCUAAUGCAUUUAUGGCUAGACGCAUUGACUUAAUAAAUCCAAGGUUCAAAGGUUUACCUAGUGAUUGGAUGAGAGAUGAUUUUAAAUCACCAGAUAAGGCACCAUGCAUUAUUUCAACUUUGUCUGAAAUUAAAGCUGCAUUACCAGUUGAAGCUGGCACUAUGAAAGAAUAUAACUGGAAACCAGUUAUCAAAUCGUUUUUCACAAAAGGAAUACUAAAAGGCAACAGUACACAGCUCACAGGAAUCUUGGAUGUUGGUAAUUUUGAUGCCAACCAGAAAUCUUUGAACAAUUUAUAUGAAACCUAUGUGCUUAGUGUAGGCGAAUUCGACGAGAGAAUAUUUCUAGGAGAACAUGCAAGUGAACAAAUUGGGACCAAAAGCAAAGUGUCAGGUGAUGAAAUAUCAGAAGUAAUAGCAACGUUUGGACCAAUCGGACGCGCAUGCCCCGAUACUCCGCUGACGGGUCGACGUUACUUGGGACGGCGUGCCGAAGAAUUGACUCCAGUGUCUGAAGCCACCAAUAGCCUGGCUCGGUUAUUUUCCUUCUUACGGCAGACUAAACCGCAACCGUCUUCGCAUUUACUACAGCUAUUUAGUGAAUGUGGUGUUAGUGAAGAUACAAUAAACGAAAACGUGAUAAAACCAUGCAAUCAAUGGAUGGAAAAGUUCUCAAACUGCUUGGAGUCUAAUUGUAGCGAGCAAACUAUCAAGCUGCGAAGCAAUAUGGUCACUUGCUUGUAUUAUAAAGUAUUCGAACAUAUCAUUAGAGAAGAACACAGAAAAAAACCACAAGUAUCACUACAGCUACUAGUAACGCGGGAGACGUACCAACGCGCAAUAUACGCGUGUUGUAGUGAAGUAGUACUUCAUGCAUAUGGUGUCCAUUCUCUACGGUUCCCCCGAGUACUCUCCGUGUUCGACUUGAGCCCUCUACACUUCUAUAAAGUCAUUGAACUUGUAGUUCAAGCGGUUGUGGAGAAACUCAGCCGGGAUAUCAUCAAACACCUUAACACCGUUGAAGAAGAAGUAUUAGAAUCGCUAGUAUGGACAUCAGACAGUCCAUUGUGGGAACAACUGAGUAAAACGCCCGUCCCGCCUUCUGCCGAUGUAUACGUGCAAGAAUCACCUCACCAUAAAAGAAAUAACAACAGUAUUCAAUCUCCCGUGUCGACGGCGAUCGAUAGGAUAUUUACACCCAUGGCUGACCACACAAAGAGACAAUUGUUCAAAGACAAUAUAAAACCAGGACAGUCACUUUUAGUUAAUGUAGCCGCUAAGCAAGAGUCAAAUACAGUGCAGAGUUUAACAAACAUAUCUAAUGAAGAACUCACGCCAACGUCGACACCUAAGAAAGCUAACAAUUCGCUCAUACUAUUCUUCAGAAAGUUCUACAGUUUAGCAGUAGUUCGCAUGAACGAUCUGUGCACGAGACUACGGCUCACUAGCGACGAGUUGAAGCGCAAGAUAUGGACGUGCCUCGAGUACUCCAUCAUGCACCAGACGCAGCUGAUGCGCGACCGCCAUCUGGACCAGAUACUGAUGUGCACCGUAUACGUGCUCUGCAAGAUAUCACACAAUGCAAAUAAUCCUGUAGAUAGAACAUUUGCAGAAAUCAUGCGAUGUUAUAGGCAAAGACCUUUAGCAGAUAAUCAUGUUUAUAGAUCCGUUUUAAUUACUCCAGCGAAAGGAAAAACUCCUGCGGAGAAAAGUGACUUAAUUAAAUUUUAUAAUAAGGUUUAUGUGCAAUGUAUGCAAGAUUUUGCACUCAGAUUUGCUGGAAAACAGAGAGAUGAGUGCGGGCUCUCGCCACUGCCGGCGGGGCGCGGCGCUGCAGCGUGGUCGCCGGCGGGGCAGCGCGUGUCUGAGCGGCACCAGGUGUACGUAAAGCCGCUCACCUCCCCGCCCCCCCACCACCACCACCUCACUUACCGCUUCAGCCGCAGCCCUGCCAAGGAUCUACAUGCAAUCAACACGAUGGUAUCCUGCGAGGUGGGCGGCGUGAAGCGCGCGAGCGUAGUGACCGGCGCAAGUACGGGCCCUACCGGGGACGUGGUGAAGCGGGCGCGGUACGCCACCGCUGGCGUGGCGCGCAAGCUGCAGGACCUCAUGUCCGACCGCCAGGCCGUGUGAUUGCCUCAACAUGUCGACAUCAAUCACAGUUUACAUGGAACAGUAUAAUGAAGUUCUUCACAAAUUAUUUAAAAUUGUAUAGUUUGCUCAUCGCUCUCUAACUCGCACUCCAAUUUAGGUGACUUUUGACGACAAAAUAAAUAAAUCAAUUUUAUUAUUUUAUAAUUGGAUGACAAAACAAAAUCAAAAUUAGAAUAAAUAAAGAAAACUUACAUAUUUUAUUUUUAACUCGCAUAAAUCAUUAGAACUUAUCUUUAGUAUAUGAGCGCCAAAUAAAAUGAUUACCGCAUAAUAGUUCUAUGAUAAAAAAUUUUCAAUAACCCGUUUAGGGAGCUUAUUCCAGAACAUGACGCAAAAUACAAACCAUUAAAUUUUUAAACAAUUAUAAUUGAAUCACUUUAUUUCAAAUCAUUGUAAAUGGCUAUUGUGUAAAUGGCUUUUUCACGAUUUCAUCACGGGGGAGGUCGGUUGGAAUAUUAAAGUACAUUUUCAAUAAAUUGUAAAUGAAUAAUAUUCUUCAGACUAGUUUUAGGUUAACGACGUCCCGUUACCAUAUUAGCAAGCAAUGUACACGAUUACUUUUAAGCUAUUUCGAUGGCCACAUGGCGCUUAACUCGUUGAACGAAGCUUAAGAUGAUAAUACUGUAUGUAAUAAACCAAACUAAAGAUUCUGUUCGCUUUGGCCUAAGCACAAACUUGACAGCUCCGUAAUCUUAUUGCAUUGUCAGAUUCUAACCCCCCCCCCCCCCCCCCCAGGACUCAAU